AUGUCUGGGAGCCCCCGUGGCAGCUCUGCAGAGGACGAGACCUUUCUCUUGGAGUACCGCUGCCACCCACUGCAGCUAGAGCCCCCCAGCCCCAUGUCCCCCCGUGGGGAGCGCAGCUCCAUCGGUGCCACCUCGCUCUCAGCACCAGGCUGUGCCCCACAGGCUGAGCCCCACCAUGUGGUGCUCAGCACCAACAGCCCAGCAGCGCUGAAGGUGGGAACCCAGCAGCUGAUCCCCAGGAGCUUGGCUGUCUCCACCAAGACCAAGGGCAGCCCCUCCCGGCACCAGAGCCUUGGAGCAGCUGGGUCAAGCCAGGACCCGAAGCGACUGUCUGCCCCCAGCCUGUGCCAGGACUCGGAGGGGGAGGAGGAGGAGGAUGGUGUGGGGGUCCUGAAGCGCAACCUGCGGAACAUGUCCUACCGUGAGGCCAUGAAGGAUGCGGAGCCAGCAAACUACAACUCCUCCCUGAAACCCCUGCCAGAGGAUGGUAGUGCCCUGCCUGCCCGCAGCCCGGGCAGGAGCAAGAGAACUUUCGGGCGCAAGCGGGUGCAGAAGCGUGGAGGCUCCUUCAAGGACCAGCCCCGGCUGUAUCAGGAGAUCCGUGAGAGAGGUCUGAACUCCAUCAGCCAUGAGUCAGAUGAGGAUCUGCUGGAGGAACCCAUCCCAGGAGAGCCAUCCCCACCGAGUGCUGCUAUCGUGAUGCAGAGCUACCGCCCGGCACAGGUCACCUGGAGCCAGCUCCCAGAGGUGCUGGAAGCAGGCAUCCUGCAGAGGAUCUCCCCCGAGGAGCGCAAGCGGCAGGAGGCCAUGUUUGAGAUCAUCACCUCUGAGUUCUCCUACAUGCACAGCCUGGGCAUCCUGGUGUACCACUUCAUGAGGUCAGAGGAGCUGAAGGAGACCAUGACUCAGACUGAGCACCACCACCUCUUCUCCAACAUCAACGACAUCCUGACAGUCAGCACCAGCUUCUUCGAGGACUUGGAGAAGAGGCACCAGGAGCACCUCCUGAUGCCUGACAUCAGUGACAUUGUGGAGGAGCAUGCCUCCCACCACUUCAGCCCUUACAUCAGCUACUGCUCCAACGAAGUCUACCAGCAGAGGACCCUGCAGAAGCUGCUGAGCACAAACCCGUUAUUUAAAGAGACCUUGAAACAAAUUGAAAGGAAACCAGAGUGUGGAGGACUGCCAAUGAUCUCGUUCCUCAUCCUGCCCAUGCAGAGGGUAACUCGGCUUCCUCUGCUCUUAGAUACAGUCUGCCAAAAAACCAAGGCCUGCACCGCAGCCUACGGAGCUGCCACCAGAGCUCUGAAAGCCAUCAGCAAGCUGGUUAAGAGCUGCAAUGAUGGAGCUCGAGCCAUGGAGAGGACAGAGCAGAUGUACACCCUGCAGAAGCAGCUGGAGUUUGGGAAGAAGAAGCCCUUCCCCCUGGUGUCUGUGUCCCGCUGGCUGCUGAAGCGUGGGGAGCUGCAGCUGCUGCAGGCGGAGGAGCCUGGCAUCUUCCGCCGCUCCACGGGCAGGCUCUGCCACCUCUUCCUCUUCAACGACGUCCUCAUCAUCACCAAGAGGAAGAGCGAGGAGAGCUACACGGUGAUGAACUACGCCACGCUGGACCAGAUCAGGGUGGAGAAGCUGGAGAGCCCUGACCCCCCCUCCCCCACUCAUGGCAAGGGUGGGGGCAGUGCCAGGGGCACUGGUGGGCACCUGCUGCGGGUGGUGCUGCAGAGGGACAGCGAGGGCCGGCAGGAGGAGGUGGUGCUGGCGGCAGAGACGCUGAGCGACCGUGCCCGCUGGAUUGCUGCCCUGAUGCACAGAGAAAAGGCAAAGCCUGACCCCACACCCAGAGGAGAUCUGAGCCAAGUGGAAAUCACCAGAGCCUACCUGGCUAAGCAGGCAGAUGAGAUCUCCCUGCAGCAGGCUGAUGUUGUCCUGGUGCUGGGUGAAGAGGAUGGCUGGUGCUGGGGGGAGAGGCUGAGGGAUGGGGAGAGGGGGUGGUUCCCCCAGGCCUGUGCCAGGCAGAUCACCAACCCCAGCGCCGUGGAGGGCAACGUGCGGCGCAUGGAGCGGCUGCGGAGAGAGACCAACGUGUAG